CAGCACGCCUUUAGCCUUCGCUCCGUCUCGCCGAUCUUGGCCCCAGCGACUGUCCCGGCUGGCGCACGGAUGGCGGCGACGAGCCGGCCCAUCCCGCCGCGGGCUGCGCCGGGGUCCAAGAGGCCACGGACGUGGGACGUGGACGUCUCGCUCGACGAGCUCGUCUCAUGGGACGUGCUCGAGCAGUUCAUGCAGGACAUCCCGAGCGAGCCUGCGCUGCCAGACGAGCCCAGCACAGAGGCGCAGGCCGUGCAGAGCGCCGCGGACGGCCUUGGCGUGGGCGGCUUCCCGUUCGGCGGAGUGAUGGGACUCGGCGGAGGCGGAGCGAGCUCCGCGGGGCUCGCCGGCUGGCCGUCGGGGCCAGGGCUGGCGGUGGGCGCCUGGGGCGGCGACAUGGCGGCAGAGGCGACGGGCGGCGCCGAGAGCCCGGCGGCGGCGGGCAGCAGCAGCGCAGAGGGCGGUCGGCAGGUGCACAAGCAGCGGUUCGUGUGGACGGCGGAGCUGCACCGGCGCUUCGAGACCGCGGUGAACACCCUUGGCAUCGACCACGCCAAGCCGCAGGCCAUCUCCCAGAUGAUGAAGUGCGAGGGCGAGGGCGCGCCGACGCGGCAAAACAUCAAGUCGCACCUGCAAAAGUACCGGCUGCUGAUGCAGAAGCGCGGCAAGGCGGGCGCGUCGGCCGGGACCUUGAUGGCCACGCUCACCCCCUCGGCCAGCUGCGCAUCCCUCGCCGACCAGGACGAGCCCUCGACGAGCGCCGACACUGGCCUGGUGGCGGCGGCGGCGGCCGCCGCCUCAGCCGCGGUGCCAGGGAAAGCGGCGGCGGCGCCGCGGCCGGCGGUCGAGCGCGAUGGGAGCGAUGAAGCGUCGGUCUUCUCGCGGGCCAGCAGCGGCAAGCUGCCCUCGCUGGGGCCGCGGCUGUCCGAGCGGGCCCAAAAGCCCCCCGGCACUUAG